AUGCCAAACGCCGCGGCUCGUGGUAGAGCAUUGGCGGCGAGUUGGCGAUGCACUCUCGCUACGAGAAGCGCAGAACGAAACGCAGCUUUAAAUGAUGGUCGCGGCGUUUUGCCUGCUGCGGUCCCUUUGUUCGUCGUCGCCGGAGGGCGCAAACUCCGCACCGACCACAGCGAGACGCCUACGGCGUGCUGCUACGCCGUACAAGGGGAUCGACGCGCUGGCCCUGACGCUGCCCAUCCCGUCGACCUCAUGGAGGCGUGCUGGGAGUCGGACCCGCACCGCCGCCCGGCCUUCGACCACGUGCUGGCGGCGCUCGACUCCAUCGCGCACUCGGCCUUCACGCAGACGCCCCACGAGAGCUUCCACACCAUGCAGGAGGACUGGAAGCUGGAGAUCGAGCAGGUGCUGCACGGGCUGCGCAUGAAGGAGAAGGUCAGUGCGCGGUAA